UUUAACCCUUUGAAUCAUUCCCACCACUAUUCAUUCAACUAUUCAAGUAUGACUAAACCAAUAUCUAUAUCAAUAUCAAUAUUGUACAGUUUUUAACCCUUCAUCCGUUCAUUCACAUAUGUUUACAGUUGACUCUUGAAGUUGAAGCAGAUAUUCAUGCAACUUGGAAGUAUAUGUGCGCUAAUUUGGAGGUUACCAUCUUGAAAAAAGAAUGGCGACGGGAAUGGUAAUGCAUACGGGGGGAUGCCAUUGCAAGAGAGUGAGAUGGCGUGUGAGGGCACCAGCUAGUGUUGUUGCUUGGGCAUGCAAUUGCUCUGACUGCUCCAUGAGAGGAAACACCCACUUCAUUGUUCCAUCUCAAGAGUUUGAGCUUCUUGGAGAUUCCCAGCAAUUCCUUACCACCUACACUUAUGGUACUCAUACUGCAAAGCAUAUUUUCUGCAAAGUCUGUGGGAUUACUUCCUUCUACAUUCCACGGACGAAUCCGGACGGAAUAGCCGUUACAUUCAGGUGUGUGGAUCACGGCACCCUAUCCCAUGUUGAGAUCAAACAGUUUGAUGGAACCGAUUGGGAGAAGUCAUACAAAGAGAGCAGCAUUGCAUCACUCUCUAAAAUGAAAAGUGAAGAUUUAUAAAUUAUAAUCCAUCAGGAUGUUCAUUGGCAUCCCCGGCAGCCAAUGUUACUGGUUUGAAGAAGAAGCAUAAAGCAGGCCGGCAUGUGUAAGCGAGUCAUUGCUGUGUACAAGUAUACAAAAUUGGGACAUUGUUGUAACUGAUAUGAGUUUUGAUAUGUGAUUGCCAAUGACUACAUUGUUUGUAUGUCACUUUGUCAAUUUACCUCCCUUUGGAAUAUAUAUAUAUAUAUAUAUAUAUAUAUAUGUUUCGUAAUGACCAGAGAAUGCAGCCAGGGUUUUGUAUGCUGGUGGAAGGGGCAACUUAUUUUCCAAGUUAUUUUUUUAUUUUAUUUUAAAAACCUGUAUGUACAUAAAAAGCUAACAUAUAUGCAGAGGCUACUAAUCUACUUUAUUGAGCGG